AAAGAUUGCGUGUAUUAUAUACAUUCCAAAAUAAAUAACUUCUGGAGUACAAUUCUGAGCAUGCUCCGGAGUAGGAUUUAAAGCGCCUUCCGACGCUGCUUGGACUGCAUUUCCCAGAAAGUAGCUGGACUUGGAGGCUAUUUUUGAAUUUCCCCCGAGGAAGAGAGAGAGAGAGAGAGAAAUUAAUUGUCCAUACAGCUGGAGCUGCCAUUCCACUUCUUUUCUUCGAGCUCGGGACAAGGUUAAAAAGAUUGGGUGUGAAGACAAACACUGGAAGGAUGGUCGGAGGGAAACUUAACUUAUAUGCCUCAUCUUUGGGCAUCAUUGUAUUGCUCUCUCUCGUGAACACCUGUUUUGCCAAUGCCCAGCACCACCAAAGUUCGUCUUGGGAAAAGAAGCGUGUGGAACCUGACUUUUUAUCUGAAGUGACUCGUACUGUAAGGAAGACACUGGAGAAUUUGGUUGGUAAAGAGAACUUUCUGGUGCUGAAUGAGAAAAUGUCUGCCAUGCUUUGGAUAGUUUCCUCUGGAAUCUCCUCGGCCUUAUCUGUUGUGGCUCGAAUUAUAGGGCAGUUUCUUAUAUCCUUUGGAUUGGCUGGAGAUGGAUUAACACAAUUUCUGAAGCUGAGCCCUGGGCAGGUUCAGGCGCUGCUGCUCUGGAGCCUGGCUGCCCUGAUUAGCUAUUGGGUGCUCUGGUUGCUGUUCAGCCUGUUGUUCAUUAUCUUGAGCCGCAUCAUGUGGGGCCUCAAGCUGGUUCUCUUUGGAGGCUGCUUUGCAUUUAUUGUGUUUACUGUGCCUGACCAUUCGGUACAGGUUUUACUUCUAUUGGCCCUGCUAACUCUCUAUGUUUUGCUGGGUUGGUUGAGUGGAUCCUAUCGCUCUGAUGCACGGCUACAAGCUAAAGUGCACUACUUGGAGCGCCAAGUGGAGGAACUGCAACGCCGGCAGAAGCGGUCUCCCAGAUACCUGGACGAAGAAUAAGUUUCAGGCAGGGGGCUUACCAAGGUCACCCAUCUUCUCCAAGAAGCAACUACAUUUCACUCUAUCUUUAUCCCUUACGUUACUUCUUUUUCAGUCUGUACAUGUUCCUGGAUGGUAUCUUUUUGCCCACUUCUAUUUAGGAUGGAAAUCCUCCCUAAGAAAAUGAUUGCACCUGACAUACUAUCGCUUCUCAGUUGGUAGUAAUAUUUAGAAACGCUCUUUCUUUACUUUUGUCUCAUUAUUUUCAUUCACCUUUUUAGGCCCCGUUUUUUCCACUCUGUUUUUGACUCAUGGCAGCUGUUGGCUUCUUUAAAGACAACGGGCCUGAUAAUGAAAAAUGCUUAUUUCUUAAAAGAAAAAAAAAACCAGAAUUUCAUGACUGGGGAUAAGAGAAUGGGUCCUUGGAUAUGAUUAUUCUACACUAUCAUGCUCAUAUUUAUAAAACUCAGUGCCUCUGUGAAAGUUAAGGAUGACUACUGUGUUUGUGGUGCUCCUCGCAGCAAUCAGAACAUUGUGUGUGUUGAAGUUGUUUUAAUGCGAGCCAAAGAUGCCUUUUAAAAGCAAGUGUACAUCAUUUUCUUACGCAUGUCAGUGCUGUGUGUCAGGUAAUUUAAGAUGGUUCUGACAAAUGAUGUUCACCUGCUGAUCCAGAAGAGAGAUAAGCCAUAAACAAACAAACAAACAAGGGAAUAUACACAGGCCUUCCCUCCAGACUGAAUUUAUACUGCAAGUAAGCAAAACCAUAAAUUCAGACUUAAGACUUCUUUGCCUAUUGGAGAAUGGAGGCCUGUUGUUUACACUACAUAUAAGAAAUUGUACUGUUAGCAACAUAUUGUUUGUUUGUAUGUAUGUAUGUAUAUACAUACAUACAUACAUACAUAUAUAUAUGAAUACACACAGACAUAUUUUUAAAGCUCCAAUUUUAUAUAAAUUGAAUAGUUUGUUACUGUUUUCCAAAUAAAGGCUAUCUAUCUAAUCACA